AUGGAGGAGCUCCUCUAUUUGAAUGGAGUGACACAAAGACUGUUACCUUUAUGUUUGGCACCUUCACAGGUAUGUGUUAGUUAGUGCAUACACAAGGAUUUGUUGUGUAACGGACGUGGUAAUCUGAAUCACCUUUUUGUAAAAAGUCAUCAUUUCAUACACUGUAUUUCAUAGGUUCGAUUACAGAGUCAUUACGACUCCGCACCGGUCUGUAUCCUAAGAUUCAGGCCAACCAAAGAGGCAGCGGAAAUUUUAAGGUAGGCAUAGAAUGGGUUAUUGUAAAUGUUAUAGAUUUAUGGUAUUGUGUAAAGGAGUGAGAAGGGUACCAGCUUUGUGUAUAAGUUUUGGCUUCUUCACAGAACAUUAAGAUCCAUGUCUGUAAACUAAUGAAAUAGACAUUAAGGGGCUCCAUAUAAAUUCUAAAUAAGCUGCAAAAGGAAAACUAUAAGAAAAGGGGCAAUUGCAGAUUUUUUUUUUUCUUCUUUCCACAUAAACAUAUACUAUGAAAACAGAACUUCUUGUUGUUUUUUGCUCGUAGUAAGCGCGAAAAAAGCAGUUGCUGGAAUUGCAUGCAUUUUGAGAAGGGCCAUACAAUGUACCUGAAUGGAACACCUAGUAGACGUUAAUGAGAAGAGAUAGUAUAUUUUAAACUUGUUUUCGGUAAUUCACUUUGAGAAUUGUUCUGGUUCAAAGGUGAAACAAGAAAGCCCAGUCCAUGAUUGUGACUUCCCUGUCCACUAGUAUAUAAUUUUUUUUUCCCUGCUCACUUUCUUUAUAUGCCAAGAUUGAUUGCCUAUUUGAGGCUGAUAAGUUAUGUUAUUUGAACUUGUGAACGUAACUGCGUAACUUGGUACAUUCGACGAGAACUUAUUAACUUCUUUAUACCUCUCUUAUUGACAGAGAACUGAUGUCAGAAUGCAGUGAUGUUUUAAGCCAGUGCCACAUACAUGUGGCACUCAAAGGCUCACAAUUUGACAAUGAAGGUAUUGUGAGAUACAUGUACGUACGCUUCUGCUACAAUUCCUGAUUUUCAACAUCACUUUGGGCUUGCAAAUAACAGCUAUUUUGUAACAAGGCACUAGACUUGUUUCUUUUAAUACAUUUUACCCAUGGUCAAUGAGCAUAGUAAAAAAACAAUUUUCCUAGCUGAGAGUCUAGUGAUCCGAACAUUAUAGAGAUCGAAACUUACGUUUUCGAAAAUUUCAGGCAGAAAAAAAGGCUCCAGAAAAUUCUAGGUGACCUUUUAGAGUAAAAAUCCGUUAAAAAUGGGCAUUUAUACAAUUAGAUGUUCGAAAAUCCUAGGAGAGGCUGGCUAGAAAGAAAUUGUAGGAAAAUUUUGCGAAAAUUCUAGAUCUCAAAUCGUCUUCCGAACAGAUAUUUUCCGAAAAUUGACGUUGGGUGCCCCUGGCCUUUAACGGGUUAAUUCAGCUUGUGCUGUACAUGAUUUUCUAUUAUACUUCUUCUGGGUGUUUUCCUACAUCAUCCCCCGCUACCGGUCUCUGCCAACCAUUUGUACCAUUCUUUAUUCAUUUGCUUCUACUUUUACUUUUAGUGUGUGGGAAUCAUGCGCGGCAGAGCGAGAACGGGGCAGAUGUGGAAGUCAGAGUGUACCAGCCCACGAUGUCAUCGGCCAACAUGGUAGUUGGGGACAUCAUUUCCGGUAAGUGUGUCAACUUGGUGUAAGGGACAGAUGAAAACACUAAAUCGGACUAAAUCUAACCUUUGACAUAAUUGUGAUGACUGAAUGUUAUGUCAGCAAUAUUUUGCGUCCAACCAUACUUAAUUUGAUUCCCCCCUCAGCUAACCAUCUUGUUUAAAAGGAAAGUGCACAUUCAAUUUGUAGUUUAUAGGGCGGCACUCCACUCAAAGACUUAUAAAAAAUUGUAAUACAACAUAACAGGAUUAAAAACCCUCAACUGGCAGGAUGUAACCAGUUGGCUAUGUACAAGCGUGGUCGAGGAUUUGAACUCGGGACGACCGAGAACAAAUCCAGAUGUGGCCAGAGUGGGACUCGAACCAGGGACUGCCGCGUUGCGCACCCGACGCGCUGACUACUCGACCACGCUGCCUUACCUUUAAUAUAACCAAUCCAAUUUUACUCCGAAGGAGAUGAUUUGACUGUGAAUGUGAGGAGGGCAAUAGGAGAGGCAAUUGUGGCUGCCCAGGCCGUACGCUGUCAAAGGUACAUGUGAUACUGCAUUUGUAGUUUCUCUCAUGAUAAAUUUCACCCCAACUUUUCCUAUUUAAGGACAAUAUUAUGGACGAGUUUAUUAAUAUUCCAUUUUAUACCUUCUACGUAUCUCUCGAAAUACGGUUCUUCAGUUUGAAUCCAAAUGGCAUAAUUUUAAACAUGACCAGAAUGUCUCUUAUCCGGCUCAAAAUUUGAUGGGACAAUCGAAACGAAAGCAUUUUACUAGGUCUAGCAAAAUAUAUAUUUAUGUCUAUUAUAAUCGUUUCAGGGACCUGAUAGUUGAAAAUAGAAAUUUAAGAGAGCGCCAAGACAUGGAGGCAAGAGCGUCGGUGAGUUGGAGUACCACUGCAGUGCUAAUUGUUGAAAAGUAAAUUGCUAGUGAGCGCCUUAAGUUCCUUGAAGCCCUUGAAUACUUCUUCAAUUUGUGUUGUUGAAAAGUACGCUUUUUAUCAUACUCCAAACUAGGCCGAUAGGCGAUAGAAAACGUAUGACUUUGAUUUACAGUUCCCUUUAAUCAGCUACAGCGUACAUUUGUGAGACUACACUGCGAACCAAAAAUAGGAAAAGACCAUUGAUUUAACGUAAAAAAAAGUAACAAGAUUAUCAGUACUUCGUAGCAAGCGUUUUUGGAGCAAAUAACGUGGAAAGAGGGCUCUUGUGCCAUUUUUUUGCACGCGACCAAAACCGAAAAUCCCGAUUUUCGUCGUUCCUCGGUUUUUCUUUUCACGAAAACCAGACAGUAACGCUUGCUGCACAGACUAGAAAUACUACAUAAUGUACACAACUGUAUACAUGUACACAAGUCCAAGUAAACCACAUUUAAAAUUUAAUCGAGACCAUCGACUAAUGUACAAUGAACCAGUUUUUUUUUUUUCUCUAGGAAAUGGCCGACAGAGCACAUGCACAAAAAAAGGUAAGCAAAAAAUACUUGGUCACUGACUUAGUGUCAAAAGAUAACCUUACAGAGACAAACGAUGUCGUUGGGUAUCGACGUUAACUUCGUAACUUCCACGUGCAAAUUCGUAAAAAACUGGUGACAAAGGCUGAUUUACGGACAUAAUAGGGCUCUACCCCAUCAGCAUUGUAGUUUAAAAAAGUGAUACAGUAAAAACCCGCGAGUAAGAACCUGAAAAUUAAGAACCUGUUUUGCCAUUUAUACCCCCUAUAAAGAAGAACCUGUUUAGCCAAGAAAAUGAAAAAUCAUAUUAGUGAAAUGCAACGACAAACCUGUGCAAGAAUCCUGUUUGGAGAAUUAGGAGCUUGGUAUUGCUGUGCAAAUAAAAGUGCUAAUUUAUUGAUGUACUAAAAAAAUAAAGUGCAAGAAGUUUAAUAAUAUUGUUCUAUCGCAUUUUGAAAUUGAAAAAUAGGCUGAUUACCAUCUUGUUUUGUAGCUUGUUUUGUUUUGUUUGUUUGUUUUUUUUUUACAGAAAUAAGAACCUAUUUAAGAACCUAAAUAGCCAAAAAUUGUGUAAACUACCAUUUAAAAUUAAUAAGAACCUGUUUAGGCUAACGCCAGAAAAUGUAGGUUCUUACUCGCGGGUUUUUACUGUAAGUUAUAAAGAUAUCAAAAUCUAUUUUUCUUUUUCUGGAAGUUGCCUGCCGUCGAAAUUGACGAGGAUAAAGAAGAAGAUGAUGAGGAGGAGGAGUCUUUGGAUGCCACUGUUGUUGACACGGAGGAGGUAAACGUACAUGAUAAGCUGAUAUGGGGCUACGCGUGUUUUAUUCACCGUUUCAUGCAUGUAAAAUGAGCGCAAGACCAUGCCCAUCAAGAUGGACUUAAAGUGACGUCCACUGAUACAAAGGCCCGCGUUAUUUGUUUUUUAACACCACAUAUAACGUUGACUCCAUAAAUCGAUCUGGCCUGUUCCAGGCUCCGAGAUAGUCGGGUCCGCUGAAUUGAGAAAGUGCGAACACGAAAAUAAAAUGGGAGGAACUGGGGAGAGAAGGGCAACUUUUCUCUUGCCUUUUACUUUCGCGUCUGCUCCACUGUCUGAGAGCCUGGAACAGGCUCAAAUCGAUCACGCAAUGUUUAAUUUUCUGUAAGUGUAGAGUUUGUCCUGGACAACCAAAACAUGACAGAUAUAUAAAAAACGCGGUAUACUAUGGGUGUAUAUAAAUAUAUAUCAUUAUAUUUUUUAGGUAAGAAAAAGGCGGAUCGAGAAAUAUUCACAAAAGGUAAUAUAACUGUGAGCGUUAAAGCUAAGUUAGUGACAGUGUGGCUAUCCUCUUAUAAACGUCAUCCUUUUUUACGUUAACAGGACGGGCCAAGGGACCCUAAAAUUCCCAAGAAAGAUGAUGAUGAUGACGAAGAUGCCAAUGACAGUACAACGGUAAGGCUUCUUUAAGUGUAUUUUGUUUCGUCUUAAUACAUUUCACGGCCUGCUGAAAUUUGAAGCUGCACCUCGAAAAAUGUGAUGAAUGUUAUAACGUGUGCAGAAUGUGGACUAGAUUACAAACGGGAAACGGGUGAUGUCCAAAGAAAAUGAGUGACGGUACACAAACAACAAAUCAGAGACCCGCAAAAAGAAAUGGUGGGAGUUUAAUACUGAACAUAUUGAUAAAUGUUCUGCGGGUCUAACACUAUGAUUUCUUUUCUUUUUCUUUUUUUUUUUUUUUCAUUUUCACACUGAACAAACAACGACAAAUAAAAGUUUGAAUUGAAAAUUAUGCAAAUUGCUCUUGGAGAGAAAACAGGUCAAUAAAGACACUACGCCUGAAGAGCCGCAAUAGUGGUGAAAAGCGAAGCAUAGAGCAAAUUUACGACUUCCAUUUUCUACUAUUUAUUUUAUUUUUAUACGACGAAGGCAGUUUUAUUUUGUUUACAGUUUUGUUUUGUUGUUAUCUCAACAGGUGACAAUGAGGACAAGUGGAAAUUGAAUAC